AUGGAGGUAAGGAGAGUUGUUGACACGAAAGAUGGAGUUAAGAUGCCUCUUCUGAAGACAACUAUGUUGAGAAUAUGUAGUAGACUUGGGAUUGAGACAACUAUUGGUGAAGCUAAGGGUAACCAUGUUGUUUUCCGAAAUGAAGAUACACUGUUUGGUAAAAUCUAUCCUGAGCUUGGAUGGGAGCCGGUUAAGUGUAAAUACUAUAGAGAAUGGUUAAUAAGGAAAUUGAAGGAGCGAACUGAGCUUGAAAAGAUGGAACUUGAAAAGAAGAUUGAAAAGUGUAAUGGAUGA